AUGGGUCUUGGAUGUGUCUCCCAUACAACAUACUUCCGUUAUCAGAAGGUAAGAAAGAGCAUUUUCUUAUAAACGAACUACGAAGUAUUGUUUGCAGUGCUUCUAAACUUAUGUAUAUCUAAAGGAAAUGAAACUUAAUUCUCCUUAAAAUAAGCAUGCAUUGGGCCAUUCCAUUUAAUAUAGCCCCCCCCCCUAUUGAGGGGUCCCUUCAUAAUCCCCUUAGGGUAUAAAAAUUUUAGAACCCCCUUGGAUGUGAUUUUUGGAAGUUACCCCAUGGAUAUCUUUAUACCCCCUUUAACAGGAUAUCAUUUUUAGUAAUUUACCCCUUGGAUAUCACUAAAACAACUAAUUUUUGCUAUUUUUGGACAAUUUCCUAAGCUACCCUCUAGGAAAAUUUAAGAUAAAACACCCUCCCCCCAUAGGAUUUAGGGGGGGGGGGGGAUGGUGCCUACAUUAAAUGGAAUGGCCCAUUGAUUGAUACAAUAUAUUUGAACUAUAUAAUUUAUAAAUUAUGUUGUACUAUAUAGACUGUGCUAUUCCCCACCAUCUUCCUUCACUGGAAGAAGUACCAGUCAUUGUUGUUGGAGAAAGCCAAGAAACUAAGAAAUGGUGUUGUUCUGGUAGGGGAUGGUCGGCAUGACAGCAUGGGUCAUUCUGCCAAGUUUUGUGCAUAUACAAUUUUUUGUUGUACUCUUGCACAAAUUAUCCAUUUUAAUCUUGUGCAGGUAGGAAUACUGUAAAUAAUACUAUAGCUUCACUUACUAGUUACUAGCUCUUGAUUAUUCAAUGACUCUAACAACUGUUAUUGCAACAUUGUUUUUCUUCCUUUUAGAGAAAUCAGGCAGGAAGUAGUCCAGCAAUGGAGUUUAUGUCUUUUAAGUUAUCCAUGGUCUACCUUAUCAACUAUGGCCUCACCAUUACUACCUUCAUAUCAGACAGGCAUACUUCAAUUGCAAAGUAUAUGCGGACAGUUUUGAAACAAAUUAUCCACUAUUUCGAUGUGUGGCACUUGAAGAAAAGUGAGAAUAUUUCCAAUUUUUUAAAUAAUAUAAUUCAUGCUAAUGUCCAGACUGCUUAAGGCCGGCGCACACUAGAGCUAUGUGCUUAGCAAAAUGUCAUUCGUGACUGUUGGCGUAAGGAGAUAGCUCUCGUGUGCGGGCGAUUUACGAACGACUUUUGUCAUUCGUGCCACUUACGCCAAACAUCUAACAUGUUUGAUAAUUUCUGCCUCGCGUGUCAAAAUCUUUCCGUGUGCGGCGAACGAAAGCUAUCUGCUUACGGAUUGUCGUAACAGCGCAUGCGUAGUAUACGAAAGUAAACAUCCAAGAUGGCGGCGCAAAAUGAAUUGCUGGCCAAGGCAAUUUUAGAGGACAAACUUGUCGAACUUUGGCCUGAAUACAAAUGUUUAUACGAUGUGAGUUCUGCAGAUUUUAGAAAGAGGGACAAAAGAGAAUGUGCGGUGAAAGAAAUAGCCAGUAAGUUUGUCCUCUAAAAUUACCUCGGCCAGCAAUUCAUUUUGCGCCGCCAUCUUGGAUGUUUACUUUCGUAUACUACGCAUGCGCUGUUACGACAAUCCGUAAGCAGAUAGCUUUCGUUCGCCGCACACGGAAAGAUUUUGGCACGCGAGGCAGAAAUUAUCAAACAUGUUAGAUAUUUGGCGUAAGUGGCACGAAUGACAAAAGUCGUUCGUAAAUCGCCCGCACACGAGAGCUAUCUCCUUACGCCAACAGUCACGAAUGACAUUUUGCUAAGCACAUAGCUCUAGUGUGCGCCGCCGCCGGCCUUUAGGAGUUAGGAUGAGAACCCACUGAGCUAUAAACAUCACUGAAUUACUGAUGAGUUAGUUUAUGAUAAUUAAAUUAAGCCUUCGGGCCCUUCACUAUUUUCCUUCAAUUCUUGUUGACAUUGUUUUCUGUUUGAAAAUUUUAUUGCUUGCAGAAAUAAGAAAGGUGCUUUUCAAAAUUGCAAAAGAGAAAGACUGUGAGGCACUGAAUGAGUGGAUAAAGCCAUGUGAAAACCACCUGCACUGGAGUGCUUCUUCAACUUAUGAUGGCAAUGGUUUGGUAAUCUGGGCAAAAUUCAAAUCCUUUCUACAGCACAUUGUCAACAUCCAUUCAGGGCACAGUGAUCCACUGUUUGACAAGUGUGCUCAUGGAAGCAACAUUCCUGCUAGAAAGUGGUUGACCAUUGGUAUGUAAAACAUUUGGCCUUAAAUGUUUAUGAUGGCAUAUAGUUUACAGUAUGAAUUUUACAACUACCCAGUUUCUUGUUGCAGCAUGUUCGGCUCAUCAGAAUAUAUUCACAAUAUGGUGCAUACAUGAACAGGAAAAUGUUUUAUUUAUAUUCCUUUCCUAUAGAUUCACCCCUCCAUAACAAAGUGUGUGCCGCACUUACAAACAAAAGGCUUAUGAAUGGCAUCAAGAAAGCUUCUCCAUUAGCACAAACCAGCUGUCUAGAGGGCUUUCAUAGUGUUCUCAAUCACUUUGCACCCAAGAUGAUUGCGUACUCUUAUGUUGGACAAUACUGCAGGUUAGAAUCUCUUCUAAUUUAAAUGUUUAUUACUUUGAUUGGUGAAGAACAGUCUAUUAGCACAUUAUGAGAGAAAUUGGAGUUAAUAUAUAUCUUUUAUAUAAUUAGGCAUAUUCUAGCUGUAAUACACUUUAACAGCAACCUGCAGAGAGAGAAAAAAACCAAUCCUGAUAAAUCUGAAAGAAUAAAGGUCAGCUACCCCAAAUUCAAGAAUGGAGAGGCCACAAUUCGAAGUGUUAGGGUUGCUCAGAACUUUGGUAAGUUUCUGUUUAUCUGCAAAUGGUAAUAGUCAGCCGGCCAAGGUGGCAAAAAGUGCCUUCAAAGAGAGUUGAUGGCAACUUUAUGUUAGAAGUUGGUAACAGGCAUUGUCUUAUAGUUUAAGCCUUGGUGAACAAGACUAUAUGUGUUACCACUUCUGAUUUUUGCUUUAUAGCCGAAAAUUUGAGAAUAUUUAAAUUUUGCCGAUUAGAUUACUAUGAUGGCAAAAAAUUUAAAAUCUCAUGUUCUCUCAUACCAAGGCUUAAACUAUAAGAAAAUAGCUGUUACCAACUUCUAACAUAAAGUUGCCAUCAAGUUGUACAAAAUCAUGUCAUGGCCAGCCGCCUAUAAUGCUGUCUUAUAUUUAACUAUUUACAAUAUACUUUGUUAACUUUUUUUAUAGAUUAUGUACAAGAAAUAUACGAGACUUUCUUGUCAGCGACUGAAAAGGACCUGAAAAGCAAGGAAGUUGAAUUGAAGCAAAUGUGCCCCCCUGCUAUGAACACAAUGCUAAAUAAGCAAACAAAGGAGGAGGAAGUGAGGAAAAGAAAUGACAGGAGAGAAAUGACCAUUGAAGAUGUUCCACCCAGUAUUCCUGGUUUGUAA